CCAUAUUCCCCUCACAAUCUCAAUCAAAAAAAGAUAGAAAAACUUCCCCAUUUGAAAAAUCUAAGCUAGUAGCCAUAGGAACUUAAAACCAUGGCAAAUGAGCAGAAGCUGGUGUUACUAGAUUUUUGGGCAAGUAUGUAUUGUAUGAGACCCAAAAUAGCAUUAGCUGAGAAAAACAUCACUGAUUAUGAAUGCAUAGUCGAAGAUCUUUUGAGUGAAAAUAAGAGCUCAUUGUUCCUGGAAAUGAACCCGGUUCAUAAAAAAAUCCCGGUUCUUAUUCAUAAUGGAAAACCGAUUUGUGAAUCAUUGAUUAUUGUGGAAUACAUUGAUGAAGUUUGGAAGGGAGAUUUUCCGUUGUUGCCCUCUGAUCCUUACCAGAAAUCUCAAUCAAGAUUUUGGGCUGACUUUGUUGAUAAAAAGUUUUAUCCGGCAAGUUUGAAGUUAUGGAAAACAAAAGAACAAACGGAAAGAGAAACGGCGAAAACGGAGUUCGUUGAAAGCUUAAAGCUUUUAGAGGAAGAACUUGGAGAUAAAUGUUAUUUUGGAGGUGAUAAAUUUGGGUUUGUGGACAUUGCUCUUAUUCCAUUUUACAGUUGGUUUGACACAUAUCAAAGUUGUGGUAAUUUCAUUAUUGAGGCAGAUUGUCCUAACAUUAUUCAAUGGGCGAAACGCUGUGAACAAAGAGAGUCUGUCAAGAAAUCUCUCCCUGAAAUGCACAAGGUUUCUGAGCUUAUUUUGGGGUUAAGGAAACAACACUUUGGAAUUGAAUAAUUCCAAGAAUUUUACUUUCUUGCUAGAGAAGUGCCUUUGUUUUAUUUUAUGUAUUGCUAGACUACCAACAAAUACCUAGUUGAUAUUGUUACAAUAAGACUAUGUAUUAUGGACCUUUAUAUUGAAUAAAAAGUUCAGAUUUUGCUUA